AUGUCGCAGCCCUACCGCCAGCCGAGCUUCAAGGAGCAGAUGGGCCUUGCGCCCGACCCGAACAGGCUCGAGCACGUCCGCAGCGGGAACCACCGCUUCACUCGCCUCCACACCAACGGCGGCCACCCGAUCGAUACGUCGCAGCCUGGUCUGCCUACUUACCACCGGCGGAUCGGAAAUCCGCUGCCGCUCGUGCUGCUUGGCAUCGGCACGCAUGUCCUGUUCCUCGGCCUGAUCCUCGUGGGAGUCAGAGGCCUCACGCAGCUCAACAUCUCGGUCAUGACGGGCCUGCCUCUCGGCGGAGCGGGCCUGUUCAUCGCCUGCUGCUUCGCGUUCGCCGAGGGCAACACCUUUGCAGCCACGCUCGGCGGCUGUUUCGGAGGCCUGAUCUCGGGCCUGUCGAUCGUCUUCUUGCCUUGGACGGGUAUUCAGAACGCCUACAUCGAGGCCGCCGGCGGCCAGCUGCUGCCGGGCGUCGUCAGCCUCUACUCUGCACUAUCGCUCCUUUUCUUCUGCGCCAUGAUCCCGGUGUUCUUCGUCUACAUGGCCUCUUUCAAGACUGCCGUGCCCAUCUCCGGCGGUGCCCUUCAAAUCAUCAUCGCCUUGAUCCUUCUCGGCGUGAACUUCCUGCAAUUCGGCAGCAACGGUGGGCCGCAGAUCGCCCUGCAGAAGGCCGCCGGCGCGCUGUUCAUCAUCGUCGGCAUCGUCCUCUGGUAUCUGGCGGCUGCCAUCAUGAACCAGGAGGAGGGCAUCCCGGUGCCGGUGCUGCCGCUGCCGCGUUCGGACGACUACUGA